UCUGUACUGAUACUGAAGGUUAAAAUGGCGACAGCAAUGGAGGAACAUAUUAAAGAGACAUUGAAAUGUAAGGUGUGUUAUGAGACAUUAACAGACCCAAGGGCACUACCAUGUAUGCAUACAUAUUGUUGCAAAUGCCUGGAUAAGUUGGAGAAAAUCAAUCAAGGACAGGAACAAAGUCUUUGUUGCCCAGAAUGUAGACAAGUUCAUACAAUACCCGAAGGAGGAGUGGCUGAGUUUAAGGUCAACUUCACCACUAGUUCAUUAGUGGAUCUACUUCAAUCUAUGAAUGUUAUUGGAGACAAUCCUAAAUGUACAGUAUGUAAGGAAGAUGAAAUAGACAAUGAUGCUCUAACAAAGUGUGUACAGUGUGAUGAACAGUUUUGUAAGGACUGUGAUCGAUAUCACAAAAGAUUUCAUAAAGGUCACACAGUUUUUGACCUUACAGGUGAUCAGACUCAAGAUAAAGCGAGUGUCCUGAACGUCGUCAAACAGAGUGUCAUCUAUUGUGAAAAGCAUACAACAAACCCACUUGAGAUAUAUUGUAAGGUGGACCAAUGUGCUAUAUGUGCUACUUGUUAUGCCAUUGACCAUUCAGACCAUAAAUGUAUGGACGUUCAUAAAGCUGCACUUGACAAUAUGAAGCUAAUUGAUGAGCUCCUUGUGAAAGGUGAUAAGUUGGUCCAGAAUUAUGAAAAGUCAAUACAGAACACUCAUACCAAGAAGGAUAUAAUGGAACAAGAGGCUGAUGAUGUUACAAAUGAACUGAAUAAUGAUAUGAACACAGCUAUCCAAGCAAUCCGUGAUAAAUACACAAAGAAUAUUGACUCAGUAGCUGAGAAAAGAGCCACAUGUGCAAAGCAGGCAAUUGCCCAUCUUGGACAUCUUGAAAUGCAGAAGGCCACCACUGAAAGCAUAAUGAGCCAGCUACUUACAUUAAAACAACAUGGACAUGAUACCCAACUGGCUAACAUGACCCAAGAUAUUAGUUCUAAAUCAAAAGAAUGGUCUCAACCCAAGGACUUUGACUUUGACAAUGGCAUUACAUUCAAAAUACACAGAGGUGAAGUGUUUGAUGAUAAAAUAGUGUUUGGAAAGGUGGAUAUUAACAUCCUGAGAAAUAUAUCAAAGACAGUAAGAUUAUGUGAAAGGCCAACACUGUUAAGGAAAGUGAAGUCAAAUCUUCAGGAUGUUUCGGAUUUAGCUGUAACUGACAAUAAUGAAACUGUAGCUAAUGGUUAUGGAACACCAGCUAGUGUCUAUGACAAGGAAUUCACUUUAAAGACUACAUUUGGUAAGGGAUUUUACAGGGCUACUUGUAAAAGUAAUAAUAUCUACCUCACCCGUGGGACUGAUACAGUCAAUGUAUACAGCCAGGAUGGUACGCACAGUAGAGAUAUAAAGAUACCAUCUCUUGGAACAUGUAGUGGUAUUGCUGUUAACUCGAGAGGUGAACUUGUUAUAUGUGACGCAGGUACAAAGACUGUGUACCAUGUGGAUAGUGCUACUAGUAGAAUCAUGACCAAGUCUGAACCAGGUACCUUAAACAGGCCACUCUAUGUAGCUGUCAAUAGUAAAGAUGUUAUGCUUGUGUCUGAUAAUGGUGCACAUUGUGUGGUGGGUUUGACCAGAGAUAGCAAAGAGCUGUUCAGGUAUGGCACUGAGGGAAGUUGACAUAACCAGCUGAAAUGUCCCAGGGGUCUAUGUACAGAUAGAGCUGACAAUAUCAUAGUGGCUGACAGUGGCAACAACAGAGUUCACUUGUUAAGUCCAGAUGGAAAGUUCAUAAAAUACCUUCUCACAGAAUCAAAUGGACUUGUGUACCCAAGGGCUGUAGCAGUGGACAAAGAGGGACAGUUGUUGGUAGGAGGUGGCAAUGGCAAUGAUAAUAUCAGUUGUGUUAAGUAUAUAGUGUAGGUGUCUGUGUUUGGACAGGUUAACAGAACCAACUCAUCAUUUCCAGUAUGUACAUGUACAGUUCGUAUAUAUGCAUACUGAAAACUGGCUUUUUACAGUCAUUGUUAAUUAGGACAAGGAAAAAUAUUGCACCCAACUUACAUGCAAGUUAGAUACUAUCAGAAUAUUAAUAAAGAUGUUCAGUAUGUUUGGGUAAUUUUUUCUUACACCUCAUGGUUUAACACUGAGAACUUCCAAUCCAAUGUAUUGUAUACUUGGAUUAUAAAAGAUCACUGAUCUUUUAUAAUGUCAUUACUGACCAUAAUUAUUAAUUAUGCAAACAAUGUACAUCGUGGUAUUUUUAUGCUCUGUUUAUGCUUGCUCCCCAAUCCAACUUAUAUAUGUUUUAAGCUACAGGCUUUAUAAGUAUUCAUACACUGGUGUCACUGUCACGU